AUGAGCGACCAAGAUCACAUCCCUACCACCUUUGUGGUGUCGAACCGCCUUCCCAUCACAAUUCAUCAGUUAAGCGAUAAGCAAUACGAUUUCGUUCCAUCAAGUGGUGGCUUGGUUGGAGCCCUCCAUGCCCUCUCGCAAUCUACAAACUUCAAGUGGUAUGGCUGGCCAGGCGUCGAAGUCCCAGAGCAGGACCAGCAGCUGGUCAAAGAGGAAUUGUCGAAGAGAGACGCCGUUCCUGUGUUUUUGGGGACUCAGUUAGCGGACAAACAUUACAAUGGAUUUUCAAACAAGAUUCUUUGGCCUCUACUUCAUUACCAAAUGCACGAGAUCCGCCUCAGCCGCCCGGAUUGGGAAGCUUACCAAGAAGUUAAUCGCUACUUCGCCGAAGCUCUACUUCCCGAACUGAGAGCGGGAGACGCUGUGUGGAUACAAGACUACCACCUUUUAUUGUUGCCCUCCUUCCUACGCCAAGCCCUGAACAAGUGCGAGAAGGAUGUGAAGAUUGGAUUCUUCUUACACACCGUUUUCCCCAGUAGCGACUUCUUGAGGAUUUUGCCGGUGAGAGAGGACAUUCUGGGGGGGCUUCUAAACUGUGAUCUUGUUGGAUUUCAUAAUUCUGACUAUACUAACCACUUCCUGCAAAGCUGCCAAAAGACUAUGCACUUGGAGGUUUCUAACUGUGAGGUUAAGUAUGAAGGCCGAUCCGUCAGAGUUAUUACUUGUCCUAUCGGGAUAGACCCAGAAGAAUUUCAUGCAAGACUCAACCUUCCGAAGGUCCAAGAUCGUAUCAAAGUACUCCACAAGAGAUAUGAAGACGUAAAGCUUAUUGUGAGCGUCGAUCGCCUUGACUACGUCAAAGGAAUUCCGCUACGAAUGGAGGCAAUGGAGGCAUUAUUGACAAAGCACCCGGAACAUAUUGGGAAAGUGGUUCUAUUACAAGUCCUAAUUCCAAGCCGGGAGGCUGUACAGGGCUAUCGGCAUCUACACCAUCAGAUUGACGAGAGUAUUUCCAGAAUCAACGGUAAAUUCGGAGACAUCGAGUAUAGUCCGAUCCAGUCACAGUUCUGUUCCGUCUCCAAGGACGAAUUGACCGCUCUAUAUGCUGCUUCAGACGCUUGUAUAAUCUCAUCAACGAGGGAUGGAUUUAACGUGGUCUCUUUGGAGUACAUCGCAUGCCAGCGGGAUCGUCUUGGGGUAUUGCUAUUGUCCGAGUUUGCAGGUGCCGCCGCAGUGCUGGACGACUGUAUCAAGUUCAACCCCUGGGAUACGGACAAGUUUUCAAAGGCCAUCCACCAGGCCGUCACGAUGGACGAAGAGGAAAAACGUCAGAGGUUCAACCAGUUACAAUCGUUUGUUAUGAGAAACACAAGGUGA